AUGCCCUAUGAACGUUUUGCUGAGAUUGGCCGUGUGGCCUACAUCGCCCACGGAGAUGACAAAGGCAAACUUGUGGCCAUUGUCGAUGUUAUUGACCAAAACAGGGCACUUGUUGAUGGCCCAUGUUCUGGUGUCAACCGCAAGGACUUGAACUUCAAGGCUCUCCACCUGACACAGUUUACAGUUGGCAUUGCUCACUCUGCCAGGACUGGAACUGUAAGGAAGGCUUGGGAGAAGGCAGAUAUUAACAAGAAGUGGGAACAAACCACCUGGGCCAAGAAGCUGGCCACAAGUGAAAGGAGAGCACAAUUGACUGACUUUGAGAGGUUCAAGUUAAUGAAGGCCAAACAAGCUCGCAACCGUUUGAUCAAUGUUGAGUUUGGAAAGCUGAGGAAAGCUGCCGGUAGACUGCCUGCCAAGCCCAAGAAGCCAACCAAGAAAGCCGUGAAAGGCAAGCCCAAAAAAUAG